AAAAUAGCCAACAAGAGCAAAAAGAAGCCAAGAAUCGUCCUCCUCCUCUUCUUCCUCCUGCUCCUCCUCCUUGGCUUGAUUUCAUGGUCUCCUUGCUCCCCCGCGCCCCCUAUCUCGCCUCCUCCAUCUCCAGACCCACCACCUCCUCCUCCGCCUCCCCGCUGCGGCCGCCUUACAUGUCCACCACCAACUCCGGCCCUGCUUCCGCCUCGGCGGCGGCGGCGGCGCCGGCAGAUGCGACGCGGCCGAGGAAGCUCCCGGUGCUGCUCUUCGACGUCAUGGACACCCUCGUCCGCGACCCCUUCUACCACCACAUACCGGCCUUCUUCCAAAUGUCAAUGAAGGAACUCCUUGAAAGCAAGCAUCCAACAGCAUGGUCUGAAUUUGAGACGGGGCUGAUUGAUGAGAAUGAGCUGGCCAAGAAAUUCUUCAAUGAUGGCAGAUCUUUUGAUUUGGAAGGUCUGAAAGCAUGCAUGGUCAGAGCAUAUGAGUACAUUGAUGGUGUUGAAGACAUUCUUAUCAGUUUGAAGAAAAAUGACUAUGAAGUACAUGCAUUUACAAAUUAUCCAGUGUGGUAUCAGUUAGUCGAGGAGAAGCUAAAGCUCUCAAAGUAUUUGUCAUGGACAUUCUGUUCAUGUACAGUUGGAAAGCGCAAACCUUCGCCUGAUUUCUAUCUCCAUGCAGUGGAUCAUCUAAGCGUCGAUCCAGCAAGCUGCAUAUUCAUUGAUGACAGAAUGACAAACAUUGAAGCGGCCCUCAGUGUAGGAAUGGUUGGUUUGCAUUUUAAAAAUGCUGAGGUGCUCAAGAAGGAUUUGUGCUCACUUGGAGUUGAAUUCACACCUGUGCAUGAAGAUGAAAUAAAAGUUCAAUAAGGUUGCAUUUUUGUUACCUCCUGUUUAUGAUAGCAAAAUCCAUAUGUAUAUGUGAUUCAUAUGUCUUCUGAACCUUGUCAAUAACAUAAGGUCCCCUGAUUGUCUUAUAUAUGUACACUACUAAUCUUUACUAUGUUCAAUUGUUCAUAUUAUCAAACAUUCAUUAGUUUCGAUGUUUCCAACAAGUAAAGGUGAAUAAAAUGCCAUGGCUGGGAAAACGUGCUGGUAC